AUGAAUACUGCAAUAAUAGCGCCAACCAAAUUAAUGACAAUAGCAGCUAUUCCAAUACAUGAAGCAGCUCCAAGAGUUAUACAUUUAAAACGCUUACCUGAAGAUUUUCGACAAGAAAGUCAUAUAUUAACAGAAGGACAUAUUGAACAUUAUAAAUCUAAAUUACAUGCUAAACGUUUUAUUAAUGAACGUGAAGAACUUAAGAAAAGAAUUGAUUUUGUUGCUAGAAAUAAAAAAGAACAAAUUAAACGUUUAAAUAAUUUACAAAAACAACA